UAGUCAGUCAUCCCAGCAACAUGUUAAUCAAAACCGAGGACGCAAUUAGCAUUCGCACCAUGACCGUGGAGGAUUACAAGCGGGUUAAAAUCUUUCUGCGGGAUCAUUUCUUCACAACUGAACCGCUCACCUCGACCAGCGAAGAGGACGAGUCGCUGUGUGAGGAACAGGAUACGGACGAGUAUCAUCUGGCACUCAUCCGUCAGGGCACCUCAUUGGUAGCCGUCGACUCGACGGAUCAAAUUCUGGGUCUGGUACUGGCUGGAGGCCAGGUGCCCAGUGAUCUGGAGAAGAAUCGGAGGGCGGUUGAGAAAAUGCAGUCGCACAUCAAAUGCCGCAUCGACACGUUUCUGUCCAAGGUCGAGAGGGAUGCCAAUAUUUAUGAGCGCUACGGCCUGGUCAAGGCACUCUACCUGCACAUCAUCAAUGUGGCUCCUUCAGCUCGCGGUAGGGGCCUCGGAGCUCAGCUCACGACCAGUCUAAUGGCUAUGGGUCGUGACAGGGGCUUCCCCCUAAUGCUGGCCUACUGUACAAGCUACUAUUCGGCCCGGCAACUGGAGGCGCUAGGAAUGGAGUGCGCUUACGCAAAAUCCUAUGCAGAGUACAAGGACGAACAGGAUAAUGUGAUUUUUAAACCGCCAGCACCUCAUACCCAUUUGAAAGUAAUGGCCAUCAGGUUGUAGUCGGAGAAAACUCUGAAAAAAACUCUCAUGAAACUCUACGAACAAUUUAGCUUAUAAAAUAUUUUAAUGUAAUUAGGUUUUUAAAACAACUCAACUUUUGAGUGAGGAAAAUUUGAUAAUUGAUACGUUUCUCGAAGAAAAUUGUCAAUAUAGCAUAAUAGAAUAUGUUUUUAGAUCGAUUUUAAAUAAAGCUAUAUGAACAGGUUA